AUGGACGUUCAGAACCAUAUAAAUGACGCACUGGAGGAGGAACUGGCAGUAACAGACAACAACAAAGCAGACGAGCUCAUAGAAGUAACGACGAACGUGUACUCUUCAGAUGGCUCUGAUGUCUCUGGAAAGACAUGCGUCUUAGCUGGAACAGAGGAUGAGCACUUAGGUCAUGAUUCUGAAGUUACUGAUUCUGUUGAUACUGCAUUUGAGAAAGACAUCUCUCUAGCUCUUGAUGAAUACACUCUUCAGAAAAAUAGGAAUGAAGAAGAUGGUGAAAUGCUUAAGAGGGAAGCUACUCCGCCGAGUCCUGAAGAAACAUUGAACGAGUCAUCUGAUAACAUUGGUGGGUCAGGUACAUCAUCUGAGAAGCAAGUAAGAAGAGAACCAAUACUAAUUUACAGAACACAAAUGAAACCUACAAGGCAUGACAUGAAAGAGAAUGCACCAAACUCAAAGAUUGUGGAUAAUCUUAACGUAACAGCUCCAAGGACAUCAAAGAGACAGCCGCUCCAAGACUUGAGGAAGAACUAA